CAUCACUUGUGUAAUUCUUUUGCAAACUUUACAAAAAUGGGUUUCAAAAUUAAUAUUGGUGUUGCCAUUUUGAGUGUUAUGCUUCUUCUUGUUUUCUCAGAUUCGACUCGCAUUUCCAACACAAUCGAUGUCCCACGUAAUGAGGGUAAAGGGAGUAAUGAGGCCGCUGUAAAUGAUUCCAAAUGUUUUGGAAAAUUACACCAUAGAGGUUUUAAACACGGUGAAUACGGACUAGGAGGAGGAGGAGGAGGAGGAGGAGGAGGAGGUGGCGGCGGUUACAAUGAUUAUGGUGACGGAGGAGGCAGAGGCGGUGGGGGUGGCUAUGGAGAAGGUGGAGGUGGUGGCAAUGGCUAUGGAGGUGGUUCUGGUAGUGGCUAUGGAGGUGGUUCUGGCAACGGAGGUGGUGGUGGUGGUAGUGGCUAUGGGGGUAGUUCUGGCAACGGAGGUGGUGGUGGUAGCGGCUAUGGAGGUGGUUCUGGCAAUGGAGGUGGUGGUGGUAGCGGCUAUGGAGGUGGUUCUGGCAAUGGAGGCGGUGGUGGUAGCGGCUAUGGAGGCGGUGGUGGUUAUGGCGGUGGAGAUGACUAUAAUGGUAACAGAGUUGGUUCAGAUGUCGUCAAUCCAUCUAUAGAUACUGAGAAGACAAGUUCCAUCGUCAACCAAGAAGGGUACAGAAGCUAUGGAGGGAGUGGUCAUGGGGGUGGUCAUGGGGGUGGCUAUGGGGGUGGCCAUGGGGGUGGUUAUGGGGGAGGCCAUGGCGGUGGCGGAGGAGGUGGCUAUGGCGGUGGCCACGGGGGUGGCUAUGGAGGCGGAGGGGGUGGCAAAUAAGGGAGGCGAUUGCGCUAUAUAUGGGUGCUUAUGACAAAACUAUCAUAAAAGUAGUUGCAUAUUAAAUUUGAAAAAAAAUUAGCUUGCA